UCAUUCCCCAAAAGAAUUUUUCCCAAGUGGAUUUAUUGAAAAAAUUGAAUUUGCUAGCAGUUUGGUAGUAAGUGGAAAAUUAGUUCUUAUUAACCAAAACGAACAACUCUGCGAACUAAAAGUAGAAAUUGAACUUGUCAACUCUACUAAUAAAAAUUAUCUUCUUCAAGAACAAAGCAUUCUGCUGAAAGUA